AUGUCAAUUAAAAUUACAGCAUUACAGGAUGAUACUGUAACUUUUUAAAUGUUUUAAAGCUAUAAUAAAUUUUUAAAAAUGUUAAAUUUUACUAUUUUUAGGGAAAAAUGGCUAAAGCUGACAUAGAAUGGUUGGGAUUGCCACAAAACAAGGUGGAAGAGACGUUGACCAACAAGAAAUUCACUGAGAAUUUGGUCAAAAUUGUUGGUUUAGCUAGGCCUUACAAGAUUGGAGAUGAUAAGGUUAAGGAAAAGUACAUUGUAAGUUUUCUCUAUUUGUUUUUUUUUUAAUUUUAGGCUGCAUGGAUAACAUCAGGAAAAAUUUUGUUUCUUUGUCAAAUGUUAAUAUUUUGACAAGAUUUUUUGUCAUUAGUUUUCUUAGAUAUUUCUACAUUUUAAAAUUUAAAAACAUUGACAUAAAAUCUUUUGACUUAAAAAUCACAGCUGCUUUAUCUUAUCCAUGACAUUUUAGGGAAACUUUUUUACACUCUCGGUUCUAAAGUCAAACCUCAAUGGGAAAAGCAUUUACCGGUAAUUGUGAAGUACAUAUCAACUGGUGAUAUUAAAACUGAGCCUCAAUUUGCUGCAGCUGUUGAUUUUUUGUUAAGUAAUGCUGUCAAGGAUAAUAUUGAUGAAGAAGAGUUUAAAAAAGCUUCUGGAGUUGGUGUUGUUUAUUCAGUAGAACAAAUAGAAGAUGCUGUAAGUUUUAAGAUGAAGUUUGUUUUAUUUUUUAUUGUUUAUGGGAUUUUAUAUUGAUUUACAUAAAUAAUUUGAUGGUUUUAGGUUCGAGAUGUGAUUAAGAAGCAUGAGAAAGACCUGGUUGCUCAAAGGUACUCUUUUAACGUUGGAAAAUUACUUGGUAAGCUUUUUUACUGUUUAAUUUUGAUGUUUAGGUUAGUUUGGAUUUUAUACAUAGCUUUUUCUAGAACAUUUUUUAUAAAGUGAUGGAUAAUAUGUUUUGUAUCGCUUAUAGUUUGAAUUCGUUGACCAUCGGAUAAAUUUUUGAUUUUUAGGUGAACUGCGAUCCCAGUUGAAGUUUGCCGACAGUAGUAUUGUCAAAAAGGAGUUAGAUCUGCAGAUUUUUGUUCUCCUAGGACCAAUGACGGAGGAAGACAAAGCACCGAAGCCAAAAAAGAAGGCUGACAAGAAGGAAGCGAAGCCGGCAAAGGCAGAAACGGCUAAAAAGGCUGAAGACAAGCCAGUAACAAAGAAGGUGGAAGCGGAAGAGGUGGAAACAAUGGAAGAAUUGUUGAAAAAGAAGGCAUUGUUUCACAAAGUUGGAGAAAACUUCAAGACUGAUGGUUACGUGGUCACUCCAAAGACUACUGAGUUGAUCAAGGAGCAUGUAAAGAAGGUUGGAGGCAAAGUUCACACUCGUUUCCCUCCAGAACCUAAUGGUAUUUUGCACAUUGGGCAUGCUAAGGCUAUCAAUAUCAACUUUGGCUAUGCUAAGGUGAAUAUUUUUGAUCAUCUGAGAGGUUUUUUGUAGAUAUAGAAGAGUGUUUUUGUUAUCUAUAGUAUCUUCAAAGUCUUGUUUAUCGUUUAAAUGUAUAGAAUUUGUUUUAUCAUUUAAAACUUAUUUAAAAUUGGGAAACAUUAUGUUACUCGUCAAUAAUUUUUCAUAAUUUUUGUAUCAAUUGGUUAAUUUCAAUAAAACCUGAUAAUUCCAGGCCAAUGGAGGCAAUUGCUACCUUCGAUUUGAUGAUACCAACCCAGAGAAGGAAGAAGAAAAGUAUUUCAAAGCUAUUGAAGAUGCAGUGAAAUGGCUUGGAUAUUCUCCAUACAAGAUUACUCACUCUUCUGAUUACUUUGAUCAGUUGUACGAGUGGGCCGAGAAGCUGAUUAACAAAGGAUUGGCUUUUGUUUGUCAUCAAAAAGUUGAGGAAAUGAGAGGAUUUGAGGUCAAGGAAAGUCCAUGGAGGAAUAGGACUGUCGAGGAGAACUUGGCUUUGUUUAGAGUAGGUUUUGAAUCAGGGCUGGGCGAAACAAAAAAAAUUUGUUUCGCGAAACACGAAACGAAAGUAAAUUAUUUUCGCGCGAAACGAAACGAAACAAAAUUUACGAAUUUAUUAAAAAAUCUUCAUAAAAAUCAAAUUUUAUGCCGUAAAUGGGUAUUAACCUUAAGGAAUAACAAGUUCUGAAGCAUCUUACUUGUCAUGCUUCUCGAUAGUCAUUCAAAACAGUCCUUAAUGUCGAAAAUAGCCUUUCAGGUUCAGCAGUUGUUAAUGGCGCACUGUUGAAUUUCAUAUAGGCUUCCCAAAUGAAGUUAUAUCUAUGCGAAUUUCCUUUGAAAUACACAGAUGGAUCUUCAUUUCGUUUUGUAUUAGGUUCUUUCCAAAAUUUUCUGUAUUAAAGGACCACGAAAGAUCCCUCAAAAGUCAUUGGCGUUUUGUGUCAAUUUCGACGUUCAUUUUUCUCGCAAAAAACGUGAGAGGAUUGGUCCCCAAUUCAAUUUCCCAAUUCGGAAUCGACCUGCUCAGGUUUUUAGCGAAAAAAAGUGAGUGUCGAAAUUGACACAAAACGCCAAUGACUUUCGAGGGAUCUUUCGUGGUCCUUUAAAUGGUACCGGAAAGAGCUAGUUGAGGAAUGAUUUGUUGUGUUUCGCACUUUGCCUUACAUGUUAUACAGACUCCUUCGUUAAAAAAGGGAUCGUAUUUCGACCUUUUCGACAUUUGUUUAUGCCAAAAUAUGUUUAAAAUUAAAAUAAAAAACAAUUUUCAACAGUAUAAAACAGAAUUCCAAACAUUUUUAACGUUUGUUGGUUUUAGGGUUGAGAAAUAUUUUUUUUGUUUCGUUUUCGAAACAAAAUUUGUUUCGCGAAACACGAAACGAAAGUGCCUCUUUCGCGCGAAACGAAACACGAAACGAAAUUUUCGCCCAGCCCUGUUUUGAAUGACAAAAAGGCAUGGAUAAUAUAGUUUUAAAGAGAAUAAGGAUGAUGUUUUAAGUUGUUUAAGCUCAUAUUAUACUCAAAUUUUUCUUUCAGGACAUGAAGCACGGCAAAUUCGAUGAAGGAGAAGCCACCCUACGCCUUAAACUAACUCUAGAAGAAGGCAAAGUCGACCCAGUAGCGUAUCGUAUCAAAUACGUAGCUCAUCAUCGUACCUGUGACAAAUGGUGCAUCUAUCCAACAUACGACUAUACCCAUUGUCUAUGUGAUUCAAUAGAAAAUAUUACCCAUUCUUUGUGUACGAAGGAGUUCCAGUCAAGGAGAAGCAGUUACUACUGGUUGUGCAACGCCUUGGACAUUUACUGCCCAGUACAAACUGAGUUCAGUAGACUUAACUUUGGAUAUACAGUGGUUUCGAAGAGGAAAUUGCUGCAACUGGUCGAUACUGGAGUGGUGAAGUGAGUAAAAUUUAAAGUUUUAAGGGCUUUCUUUUAACUGGAGUUUUUACUUUUGCCUACUAUAAUAUAAGCGUGGAUCGUUUCUUUUAGUGACUGGGACGAUCCACGCCUCUUCACCCUCACUGCUCUCCGCCGGCGCGGAAUCCCACCAGAAGCGGUUAACAAAUUCGUAGCCAAACUCGGCCUAACCUUUGCCGAAAGUUGUGUAGACCCACCCUUACUCGAUGCUGUGGUCAGAGACCAUUUGAACAAAAUAGCACCAAGACGAAUGGGUGUUUUAGAACCAUUAAAGGUAACAAUCCAGAACUUCCCAUCCCUGAAUCUACCCAAAUCAUUGACUGUGCCAGACUUCCCAGGCGAAGAAAACUCGAAAACUCACGAGAUAUCGGUUGAUAACGUCAUCUACAUUGAACAGACGGAUUAUCGACCAGAAGCCGACAAACAGUACCGAAGAUUGACCAAGAAGCAGACUGUUGGUUUGAAGCAUUUGGGAUUAGUACUAACUUAUGUUGAUGGUGAUGCGAAUGGUAUCACAGUAACGGCCGAGAAGGUGACGGAACAAAAUAAGGCCAAAGCUUAUAUUCAUUGGGUGGCUAGCCCGGUCAAGGUGGAGACAAGGCUUUAUGAGAGACUGUGAGUUGGUUUUGUGUUGGGAAUGAAGAUUUUGGAAUUUUAAAAUGGUUUUUAUUAAAAACGAGGAUUUUCCUGAAAUUUUUUAUAAUUUUUAAAAUUUUUGUGAAAUUUGGUAUACUUAAAAAAACUAACGUCAAAUGUUAUUAUUGACCACAACGGAAGCAAAUAUACAAUUUGAUUAACUUGACAGGAAGUUACGAAUGUGUUAUUGUUACUUUUUUCGAAAAAUGAAAAUUUUGAAAUAUUUUUUUAUUAAUUUGAAAAAAUUGAAAUUUUUAAUCUAAAUUUAGAUCUAAAUCUAGAUUUUACUAAAAUUUUUGCUAUUUUGAAUAAUUAUCCCAAACUUUUUCAGUUUCAAGCACCGCAACCCAUCAGACAAGACUGAAGUUCCAGAAGGUUAUCUUAGUGACAUUGCUGACAACACCCUAACCAUCUAUCACAACUCUGUUCUGGACAGUAAGGUAGCUCAAACCGUGACCACAGACAGUCGAUUCCAAUUUGAAAGGGUUGGUUACUUUGCAUUGGAUCCGGACGCAACUCCUAACCAUCAAGUCUGGAAUAGAAUUGUUUCGUUGAAGGAGGACAGUGGCAAGAAUUAG